AUCUUCCUUCCCCUUCGUUUCAGUUCCCUCGCAGUCUCGAUUCUCCACUAUCAAAUUUCUAGUGUGGUGUGGUAGUUGAUCCUUUGAGUAUGUGGUUACAGAUUUCCGAUAAGAUGGCGAUAAGGAUGGCAUGGAGGCAGAUUUUCUCCAACAAUAGGUCAAUACUCCAACCAUACUCGGCGCCUUUAUAUGCUAGAUUCUUUUCUAAAUCCACCCCAUAUGUUGUGAAGGUCGGGAUACCAGAGUUUUUAAACGGUGUUGGGCAUGGGGUGGAGUCACAUGUGGCUAAACUUGAAUCAGAGAUUGGCGACUUCCAAAAGUUGCUUGUCACUCGCACACUUAAGCUGAAAGAACUUGGAAUCCCAUGCAAAGAUAGGAAGCUGAUAUUGAAGUAUAUUCACAAGUACAGGCUAGGACUAUGGAGGCCCCGAGCCGACUCCAUGAAGCCCUGAUGGUUUAACUAGAUUUACGAAGUGAAUGGAAUCGCUUGCUGAUCCUUGGACCUCAGUUUGUAAAACACUCUAGGACAAAUUUUCAGUUACUAAAUCUAGCGUAUCCUCAUUUUACAGUUUUGUAAUUGUUACUAUUCAUUUACUAACUGCAUACAUGUUUGGUUGGUUUAAGAUUAUGCAUGUAGCUUAAAUUUAAGUGAACUGAGAGUUCAAAUUUCAUAUCAACUGAAUGACAGGACGAAUUCAGGUA